AUGGCGACCAACACUGGCACAAGUGGUAGUUCUAAAUAUGGUGGUAUCGAAGGAAUUGACAAUCAGCCUGAUGUUUUCGAAACUGGUGGAGAACCAACCAAGGAAAAAGAGAAAGAGAAAGGUAAAGAAAAAGAAAUGAAGGGAGGCAUUGAAAGUAAAACGGUAGAAUUGAUACCGAUGAACGCUCAAGCAUCUUACGAACAAUUUAAGGAUAAAUACAUAGAUUCCAAGGAUGCAGACUUCACUGAUUCCAUAAAAGAUGGUCGAAAUAUUGGCUACGAUACAACUGAAUACGAAUUAGCUGGUGACGAAACUGAAACGCCAUUGCAAAAGUACCAAAGAUUGAAAAUUGAAAUUAGUCAAUUUACCGAAGAAAUUGACAAAAUUAAGGCAACUAUGACGGAAGAAGCAGAUAUCAAUCCUGUUGAAUUGUCAAAGCAUGUGAAAAUCCUUCAAAAACAAUUGCUGGAUACAAACAUUGAAGAUUUGGCUAACGUUGAUGUCAAAGGAGACAGCGAUAUAUCGAAGAAAUUACUAGCACAGAUCGAAGCAUUUAAGGGAGGAAACAAACCUGCCAAAGCUUCAGCUUCAAGUGGCGACAAGAGCAAUACCGAUUACAUCACAUAUCAACUAUAUUACAGACCAGAGCAAGCAAAAUUUAAUGUGUUAUCUAAGGCCGCCGAAGUAGAACAGAAAUUGCAAAAAUUAGAACAAAUUGUCGGCAAAGAUAGCAGGAGAUUACCAGCUAUAACGUCCGAUUUAGAUCCAAAUAAUAAAUCAUUAGCGGCGGCAAUCUACGCUCUACAAGCAAAAUUUUCCUUAUUGGAUUCGGCAAAAAUUGAACACGUAGAUGCUAGACUACAGGCCGUUCUCCAACGUAUUAAUGAAAUAGCUGAAAAAACUGAAGGGAUUGAUAAAGCUGAAGAAAAAUCCAAGGUAUCCGAAAUCUACGAUUUUAUGUCCAAAUGGGAUGCUAUUGCCUCCUCCAUACCCGAUAUUACUGCCCGAUUACAAACCUUGAAAUCAUUACAUCAUCAAGCUAGCACCUUUGCUAUAAAUCUGGCCGGAUUCAGCAAUGCCCAAGAUCAAAUUUCAAAUGCUUUACAAUCGCAAGCUAAAGUCCUUCGUCAGGUUCAGGAAUCGCUUGUGAAAAAUAUGACUGUUAUGCAGUCGAAUGUCUCCAGUAUUGAGUCAAGAAUUGCUACUUGCGAAAGUAAAUUGCGGUCUUAG